AUGUUAUGGAUGAUAGACUGCCUAAUAUUUGGAUUUUGCUUCUAAAGUAGGUAUCACUAUCGAAGAUAAAUAUCUCUAUAUUGUAGUUUAGAAAAGCUGUAUUGUGACUGGCAUAAUAAUUACUUUAAGCCUAGCUAGUAGAUUUAAGUUCUUAACAAUUUAAAUGGUUUGAAAAGUGCUUUGAAUUUCUCUUUUCUUUCUGCUCUUAUUGAUGCUUCAAAUUGGGAUAAUCAUUAAUAUGGAAUUUUCAGCGGAUGUGAUUAAUCUCAUAUUAAACUUAAUCAUGAUGUAUUAGCUGUUUGCUAUGACUAACAAAGUAACAGGCAGCUCUAAUUUUUAAAUUACUGCUAGAAAAAUUUGGAUAAACUAUAAAAAUGA